AGCUCCGAGGAGAAGAGGGCAGGGAGUUGUAGAUUUUGUGGGGGACGAAGAAACACAACAAAUCGAUAUCUAGUAAUAAAUUGAUAGAAAAGAACCGUCAAUUGGGGUUAAGCAUUGAAAAUUAAUUAUAUUGUUAUAUGCAAACAAUAUAAAUCAAAAAAGUAGCAUCUAGGACGUUAUGUAGUUUGAAAUUAGAUUACUACCUGGAUCAUAUCUUAAAAUGGGUCAAAAGUUUAGUAAAAGUAAAAAAAGUAAACACAAGAAUGCUACUCAAUCUCCCAUUAAAACUCCGUUGCCUCAAGUAGUCCAAGACCCACAACCACAGCCUAGCAUAUUCAAUCAACCUCAACAGGAAGCAUCUGGCUCUACCAUAUUUGUUGCACUUUAUGAUUAUGAUGCACGUAUAAGUGAAGAUCUUAGUUUCAAGAAAUCAGAAAGAUUGCAGAUCAUAAAUACAGCAGAUGGAGAAUGGUGGUAUGCACGGUCGUUAACUACAAGCAGGUCUGGGUAUAUUCCAAGUACGUAUGUAGCUCCAGAAAAAAGUUACGAAGCAGAAGAGUGGUAUCAUGGUGAUAUCAAACGUGCAGAAGCAGAAAAGAAACUUUUGAGAAAUUCUAAUAAAUCAGGAACAUUUUUACUAAGAAAAGCUGAAUCAGCUCCAGGAAAUUUUUCCCUCAGUGUCAAAGAUGGCGACUCUAUUAAGCAUUAUCGUAUUCGUAAACUAGACAAUGGUGGGUACUUUAUAACAAGUAGAGCUCCAUUUUCAAGUUUAAAUGACCUAAUUCAGCAUUACAUGAGAGAUGCAGAUGGCUUAGUGUGCGUACUAACAGAUCCUUGUCCGCAAGACUUGCCCAAUAUUAGCAUAGCCAAAGACGUAUGGGAAAUUGAAAGAGAAUCCAUUCGUUUGACACGCAAAUUAGGUGCUGGACAGUUUGGAGAGGUUUGGGCUGGUAUUUGGAACAACACAACACAGGUUGCAGUUAAGACAUUAAAGAAUGGAACCAUGUCGCCACAGAGUUUCUUGGAAGAAGCAGUAUUAAUGAAACAUCUACGUCACAAACAUUUAGUCCAGCUAUAUGCCAUUUGUUCUCAAAAUGAGCCAAUAUACAUUGUCACAGAAUACAUGUCUGGAGGCUCCUUGCUAGAUUAUCUGUCAAAGGGUGAUGGUGCUAAUUUACCCUUAAAUACUUUGAUCGAUAUGUCUGCACAAGUGGCAGCAGGUAUGGCAUAUCUUGAAGAACAAGGAUAUAUUCACCGUGAUCUUGCUGCAAGAAAUAUCCUUGUGGGAGAAAACUACAUUUGCAAAGUUGCAGAUUUUGGAUUGGCACGUUUAAUUGAAGAUACUGAAUACACUGCUCAUGAGGGUGCUAAAUUUCCAAUCAAAUGGACAGCACCUGAAGCAGCACUAUAUAACAGAUUCACUAUCAAAUCUGAUGUUUGGUCAUUUGGUGUAUUGUUGACAGAGAUUGUGACCAAAGGAAGAAUUCCUUAUCCUGGAAUGACAAAUGCAGAGACAAUUGCUCAAGUAGAAAGAGGAUAUAGAAUGCCUAUUCCACCUGGUUGUCCAGAUCCAUUGUACCAAAUUAUGUUACAAUGUUGGAAAAAAGAUUCUGAAUCAAGGCCCACAUUCGAUUACCUACAAGGACUGUUAGAUGAUUAUUUUGUGUCGACAGAAAAUGGUUAUCGAGAUAUGAAUGAAAAUCCGUAAUGAACGUAAAAAAAUAUUUUGCAGUGUGGUUUACUUUUGUAUCUUGUCAUAAGGUUCGAAUUAAAAUGUAAAACCACUAUGGAAGGAGCUAUUGCAGUGAAAAUUUUGCAAAUAACGCAAAGUAAACAAAAAAAAAUAGGGUAUACACAAAUUUUAAAUUCAACAUUACGUUAGAAUACAUUGAAUAUGUAUUUUAGCUUCUAGCUGUGCACACCUAAUUUGAAGCCUGUAAAGUGGCAACCAGCAUCUGAUAUGAGACAAAUUGCCAGGGUCACCUAGUUAACCUUUUCGUCCUCAUUUAUUCAUUCAGUCGUUAUGAAAAAUAAGGGCAUGUAUAUUUUAUUUUUGGGAACAGAAAUUAAAAAAAAUAAACGAAAAUUAAUAUUGCUUAUCAUAAGAUUGUACAAGUUAGAUUUUUUUAUAGAUAAUUUUUCACCAUGACAUAUUUUUAUAAACUGUUUACUCUUUAGAUUUAUUUGUACUUUAACUUUAGUUUGUUACUGUAAAUGAACUUUAGAGGGAAAGUAGGAAGUGAUGACUUAAUCGAGGCGUCCAAAGCUAAACGAUGAAUGCUUUCAUUUAGAAUGUUAAUGGCAGUUAAGAUCUCCUGUGAAGUUUAUUAACGAAACAAAAGCAUAAUCUUAAUAAUAUACGAUACAAAAUGAAUCUUUUUUCCUUAAUUCUGAAAUAAUAACUUAAUCAGCGUUUUUAUAUACUUAUUCAGGUCAGUGACAGGGAACAGAAAUUGUUCGUGUUUAGUCCCGAUGUCUAAAUAUUUUGCACCAAUGUUUUGAUGCUAACGUUUUUCUACUGCAAUUUAGUGCUUGUAUUUUCUAAAUAUAUUUUAAUUAAAGCUAAUAAAUUUUACUUUUA